AUGGACGGUUUUGUCUUAAGACCCAAUAUUCAAAAUAAAUUUCGUUCUACAAUGGGUAAAAAAAUUCUAGAGGAAGUCUGUCAAGAGUUGUUGCAUGACAAAACAUUUGAACUUGCUACUAUAGAAGAUAGUAGUGUUAUUGUUGCAGAAACAAUUAGAAAUCGACUAAAAGAUCUUAAUCUUCCAAGAUAUAAAUACAUCGUUAAAGUUGUUAUUGCUGAGCAAAGAGGACAAGGGAUGAACGUCACUGCUUCUUGCAUGUGGGAUCCUGACACCGACAAUGCCGUCAGUCACCUUUACACAAACAAUCAUAUAUAUUGUGAAGCAAUCAUAUUUGCUGUUUUUAAUUACUAA